CAGCAACAAACACAUUAGUUGAUGAACGCAGUAGGGCGCAGGUUAUAGGCUCAAGCGUGCGCCCUGGCGUAGCGGGCGGCUGGUGCCGGCCGGCAUGGAAACCUCGGAUACGGAGGCGGCCCAGGCGCUGAAGCCCGUGCUUGACCCCUUCGAUGUAGACGAGGAUACCUUUGAGAGCCUUAGGGACAUGGUCAAGGAGGCCUUCGGGGAGCACGGCGCGGGCGGGGCGAACAAGCUGGCGCCGCAGCUGGAGGAGCUGCUGGAGCCGUUCCUGCUCGCCUUCGGCGCGGAGCCCACGGCCGUCCCCACGGCGGCGCUCCAGGUUGCCGUGUCGCUGUGCGGCCUGCCAGAGCCGACAGCCGCCGCCAAGCCGGUGGCCGCGCCCGAUCCGGUGGCCGCGCCGGCCGCGGCGCAGAAGCCCGCGGAGGCAGAGCGGAAGCCCGCGGCUGGCGGCGGCUUCACGCUGGAGGCCUUCUGCGCUGGCGGCUCGAGCGGCUCCGGCGCCAAGGCCAAGGCCAAGGCCUUCGCGCCCGCGCAGCGGGGCGGCGGUGGCGCCGGCGGGGCGCCGAAGACGCUGAGCGGGCUGUGGAAGACGGAGGUUCACGCGAAGGUGAAGGCCGCCUGGGACCUGGGGCAGGGGGCAGCGGAGGGCGGCGGCGACGGGUUCGUGCUGCGGGAGGACUCGGGCGGCUCCGACGAGGAGCACGACGAGGAGGGCGAGCCCCAGGAGGACGGGGCGCGCGAGAAGCAGGCCCGCGAGAGGAGGCAGCGGAAGGAGACGAGCAGGGCCCUGAGGCUGGCGGCCGCGGAGGCCAGGGCCAACGCGGCGCCCACGGAGGACCUGGCCACGGUCGCGUCCCUGGGCCUCAGCGAGACUCGGGAGGGCAAGGUGGAGGCGGACAAGAAGAAGAGACCCGCCAGGGCGCCUCACAUGCGGGGCGCUGGCGGCCGCAACGUGCACCUGGAGGGUAUCAAUGUGACGCUGAACGGGCCGACGGGCUCGGUCGACCUGCUGAAGGAGGCCGACGUGCACCUCUCGGCCGGGCACGUGUACGGGCUCGUGGGCAAGAACGGCUGCGGCAAGACGACGCUCCUGCGCAGAUUGGCGACCGGGGCAGUGCCGGGCCUGCCGCCGCACCUGCGCUUCAGGUACAUGGCGCAGGAGCUGUCCUGCCUGAACCCGGAGCAGACCCCGCUGGAGGCCGUGGUGCACAGCGACGAGGAGAGACGCGAGCUGCUGGAGGAGAGGGAGAGGCUGGACGCCCUCCUCAGCGGCGCCGAGCAGGCCAAGGGCGCCGAGGAGCUCGCUGCGGCGGACGCUCGGGCGCAGCGGUUCCUGGAGGUGGAGCGGUGCCUGGAGGCGAUAGACGCCGACGGCGCCGAGGACCGCGCUCAGACCAUGCUGAGGGUGCUCAACUUCGACGACGCGACGAUGAGGCGGCCCACUGGGAGCCUGUCUGGCGGGUGGCAGAUGCGCCUCGCGCUCGCGGUCGUGCUGUUCAGCCGGCCCGACGUGCUGCUGCUGGACGAGCCCACGAACCACCUCGACCUGCACGGGGUCCUGUGGCUGCAGAGGCACCUUCGCUGCGAGUGGGGCGCCGCCUCGGCGAAGAAGGACCGCAUCGUCGUCAUCGUGUCCCACGACAGGUCCUUUCUGGACGCCUGCGCCACCGACAUCCUCGAGAUCCACAGCUGCAAGCUGCGCAACUUUGCCGGGAACUACAGCGCGUACCUCGACCGGGUCCUGGACGAGCAGAGGCUCGCGCUCCUGAAGAGGGAGGAGGAAGAGCGAGCAGAGAAGGUCGCGGAGAAAGAGCUGCGGGCCAUGAAGAAGAAGGCGCGGGAGCACAAGGACGACAAAAAGGUGCGUCAGCUCAAGUCGAAGGAGAAGCAGCUGACCGAGCGCAAGCUGAAGCUGAGCUCCGCCAGGGAGUUCGGCGAUGGCCGCGACGACAUCUUUGCGAAACUGCGUGAGGACACCAGCCUGCGCUUCCGCUUUCCCGAGGCGGACAACGUCCUGGACGCCGACACCAAUUACCUCGAGAUGGACGGCGCCACCAUCCGCCAGGGCGACAGGGUCAUCUUGAAAAAUGUGACCCUGACCAUCGAGCCGAGGAGCCGAAUCGCGAUCGUGGGCGCCAACGGUGCGGGCAAGUCCACGCUGAUGAAGGCGCUCUGCGGCGAGCUGAAGGCCGACGAGGGCCCUCGCGGGCGAGGCAAGAUCCACCCCGCCUUCAAGCCCGCGUUCGUGUCGCAGAACCACCUGGAGCGGCUCGAAGGCAGCCUGCGAGUCAAUUGCAUGGACCACCUCAGGGAGCAGCUGCCAGACGCCAGCACGCUCAGAAACACCGAGGGCAUGCUCACGAAGCAGUGCGACGACUCGCUGAUCCGCGCGACGCUGGGCAAUUUUGGCAUGGGCCGCGACGCCCUGAAGAAGGUGGGGUACCUGUCCGGUGGUCAGCGGGCGCGACUGUCGCUGGCCACCGCCACCUGGUGGGAGCCCACGGCGCUGCUGCUGGACGAGCCGACCAACCACCUGGACGUGGACAGCCUGGACGCGCUGACCCUCGGGCUCCAGGCCUUCGACGGCCCCGUGGUGGUGGUGUCGCACAGCAGGGGCUUCCUCGAGGCUCUCUGCGAGGAGCUGUGGAUCGUGCGGGACGGCACCGUGCACGUGUGCACGAAGGGCGAGGAGGCGUUCGCGCAGUUUUUCGCUCAGUACGUGAAGCAGGUGGAGGCGUCGCUCAAGUGAUCCUGCCCUGCGCUCGGAAGGCCCGCGGGCGCUCACCGUACAGUCGUAUGAGGGUCAGUCCCGCCGCAGUGGCCGCGACGAGGAAAAGCUCCCCGCUCCUCUCC